AUGUUUGGUCUACCUCAACAGGAAGUCUCCGAACAGGAGAAAAGAGCUCAUCAAGAACAAACUGAGAAAACCUUGAAACAGGCCGCUUACGUGGCUGCGUUUCUUUGGGUUUCCCCAAUGAUCUGGCAUUUGGUGAAAAAGCAAUGGAAAUAA